AGAGCUUCCUUCAUCCAAAUUCCAAUCCAACUGUCUGUCUGUAUCCUCCAUCCUCUUGUUUUCUUUUCUUCGCCCUCCCAUUUAACAUCUUUCCUCACCGAGAUUCUCGCUUUCUUCACUCACUCUCAUUUCCCUCCCAUAAUCUCUCUCUCUAAAUUCUUUCAUUAAAUCCUUAAUCCCAUGACCGCCAGCCAUUCCCCUCCCACCUACAUUCUGCGUCUUCUUCCGCUUUUAGACUCUCACACGUAACACCAAGCAACAAUCUCCUCCCAUUCACAGACAGAUUGAAUAAAGGACCCAAUGGCCGGCGCGGUAGCCGGCGGGGAGGACCGUACAUCGGACCUGCUUCAAUUACUUAACGACGUCGUAGUGGCCAGCAAAGGCUGCCGCGCCGGCUCCUUUAAGAAGGACUGCACCGAUCUGGUCCGCCGGAUCGCCCUCCUCACCCAUUUGUUUGAAGAGAUAAGGCUGUUUAAAGGCCGCGAAUUUGGACCGUUGGAUGCGUCCACUUCUUCCACGAAUUCCAGUUCGAGAGAAUCUUGGGCGUCUGAUCUGGUGGUGGCUCUCCAGGUCGCCAAGCGCCUCGUUUUGCUCGCCACCAACUUUACUUCCAAUUCUACCCCUUCCGUCCCCGUCAAUCACAAUGACGAGGCGAGCAAGAAGAUAAGCUUCCAAUUCCAAUGUGUGACGUGGAAAUUGGAGAAGGCGUUGGCCGACAUACCGUACGAUCAGUUCGAUAUCUCGGAGGAAGUUGAAGAACAGGUUGAGUUGGUUAGAGCCCAAUUGAGAAGAGCCAUAGAAAGAUAUGGGUCUGGUAUGAAUUCAAGAAAGAUGUCAUUUCAUGGCCUCUCCCAGUCUCUGGUAGAGUCAGGCAAAUGGGUUUACGUAGAGAACAGUGCAAAGACGAUUGCCAAUAUUCCCAGAAGCUUUAGUGCUGAAUCUGCUGAUGAGAUGACGAUUCAUAAAACCCGAAGCUUGAGCAACUCCUGUGAGCCUCCUUCACUCUGCUUGGCCAAUGAAAUCCAGGUUGAUGGUCAGGAGGAUGAUAUUAAGAAGCCUGAUGCCACUGCAAUUCCUGAUGAUUUUAUAUGCCCAAUAUCUCUGGAAUUAAUGAGGGAUCCUGUUAUUGUGGCGACGGGUCAGACGUACGAGAGAUCUUACAUACAGAGAUGGAUAGACUGUGGGAACACAACAUGCCCCAAAACUCAGCAAAAGCUCCUAUAUUUGACACUAACUCCGAAUUAUGUUUUGAGAAGCCUGAUUGCUCGGUGGUGUACUAACAACAUAGAGCAGCCCACAGGGUUUAGAAACGGGAAGAUCAAGAAGAGUGAUGGAUCCUUCCGAGACAUUAGUGGAGACAUAGCAACCAUUCAAGCCUUGGUUCGCAAGCUCUCCAGUCGAUCAACUGAGGAGCGUAGAGCUGCUGCAACAGAAAUUAGAUCGCUGUCCAAAAGAAGUACGGAUAACAGAAUAUUAUUAGCAGAAGCAGGUGCCAUACCAGUUCUGGUCAACCUCAUAACAACAGAAGAUGGAUUAACACAAGAGAAUGCAGUAACCUCCAUUCUCAACCUCUCAAUAUAUGAGAACAACAAGGGGCUUAUAAUGCUUGCUGGUGCUGUUCCUUCAAUUGUCCAAGUCCUCAGAGCCGGAAGCAUGGAAGUGAAAGAGAAUGCAGCGGCAACCCUUUUUAGUUUGUCACUUGCCGAUGAGAACAAGAUAAUAAUUGGUGCGUCCGGGGCAAUUCCUGCUUUGGUGGAGUUGCUUCAGAAUGGGAGCACCAGAGGGAAGAAGGAUGCUGCAACAGCACUGUUCAAUUUGUGCAUUUAUCAGGGUAACAAAGGCAGGGCUGUUCGGGCAGGGAUUGUCAAACCCUUACUGAAGAUGCUUACUGAUUCAAGCAAUUGUAUGGUUGAUGAAGCUCUGACUAUUAUGUCUGUCCUUGCUAACCACCAAGAGGCCAAAGUCACUAUAGUGAAGGCUGGCACCAUACCUGUUCUGAUAGACCUUUUGCGAAGAGGUCUGCCUCGUAACAAAGAGAAUGCAACUGCCAUUUUACUUGCCUUGUGCAAGAGAGAUACCGAGAGCCUUGCCUGUAUAAGUAGGCUUGGUGCAAUCGUACCCUUGACAGAGCUCACGAAGAGCGGCACAGAGAGGGCCAAACGGAAGGCUACUUCAUUGUUGGUGCAUCUUCGAAAAUUACAGCAGCUAUGACACUCUAGUUGUAGUAGCGCGAAUAUUAUCCUAUUUGUUUCAUUCCUCCAAUUUUUUUCUCUCUCAAUGAAUGUUCUUCCACUUUUCCUUUUGUGGUGUGAAACUGAGAAUACGAGCUUGAGGCGAAUAAGCCGAUCUCAAUGCUCUGUAUAUUCGUUUUCCUUCUUUAAGAGUUCGAAAUGUUCAUUUGAUGCAUUGUUUGUUGCAACAUUCUUUACUUACUGAAAGACUUGCUUUCAUGUUCAAGCGUCUGUUGUGUGUCCAUAAAAUUAUUUCCUCCUAAUAAUCCAGGGAUUUGUGUCA